AUGGCGGAGACCACGAGGCCGACAGAGUUGCGGCGGAGUACCCUCAACAUCGCCAACCUCCCUGAAGAGAUCCUCUCGGAGAUUUUCCUCUUGCUGCCGCCGAAAUCCGUCCUCCUGUCCCGCGCCGUCUGCAAGGCAUGGCGCCGAAUCACCUCCGACCGCACCUUCCUCAUCUCCCACCACCGCCGCCAACCUCAGCGGCGCCUCUUCACCUUCGUCCGCGACGUGGGAACUCACUACGACAACCUGAGACUUGUUGACUACUGCGUCGAAGCUCUUGACUUCCGCAAGCACGAGUUCCGGUCCGUCGUUCGGUUCACCUUCGACUACUACGACCCGUUGGUGAGUGACGGACCGUUCUCCGUCCACGGUGCUUGCGAUGGUCUCCUGCUCAUGUCGUUCAGAAAUCGUUUGUAUCUCAGCAAUCCGACCACUCGUCAGUGGGUUUCCGUCUUCUCACCCGCGCUUAAACAUGUCAAGGUCAAGGCUGCUGGGCUUUAUGUUCAUGGCUCCGAGUACCGAGUAUUGUACUACCGAGAAAUUGGUUUGGAAACUACAUUCUACAUCAGCACGGUGGGAUCGGGGAAUGAGAGGUGCAUUAGGCCCCAUUCAUCGUUGGUAUUCGUGAGAAAAUUGAUAGCAGCAGAAUCUGAUGCUAUAGACUUUAAAGAGCCUUUCCUAUUCCAUGGCAACCUGCACUGGCUGAUUUCCUUGCCCAAUUGCAGAGACAUACUGGUGUUCGACACCAUAGGUGAAGUGUUCUGGUUGUUGCAUGCACCUGUUAAGAAUUUGGCUUUGGUGUCAUCGUUGCUUGAGAUUGAUGGCAUGCUUGCAAUAUCAAACAGUAAUAUCGGUGGAUCAAAGGUGAAUCUUUGGCUUCUGCAGGACUACAGAGGUGGGGUAUGGGUCCACAAGUAUUGCAUUGAAUUGCCAGUCAUCGAGAUAAGCCGCUUUGAAGAAGAUGAAGGUUGGUGCUCGCAUAUUCUAUCCCGCAAGGGAGAUGUGCUGGUUGAUGGUUUUGAUUGGCAGCUGCACUUUGACAGAAAUGGCAAUUUACUGGAAAAAUUUCAAUGCAAUGGCCGCUUGCUAAACUUCACUGCAAAGGUUUUCAGAGAAAGCCUUGUUCCACAUGCACUCUUCCGAGAGCAAGAGAAUAGAGCUGCACGUGGUCCACCUUUCUUCAGGGGGCUGUAG